CUACUACUCCAUUACCAGAAACAUAACGUUCACGAAACCAUGGGUGCAUCUUGUUGCGGAUCCAAGGCUGAGCGUGUUAGUGCCAGCUUGGAUGAACAUGGCCAUGUACAUACCGAUCAUACAGAUGGAGCUGCUACUGUCGAGCACAACGGCUCCCAUGAGCGUGACCACGACCAUGCGCAUGCUGACGGCGACGAUCAUGGCCACGAACAUGGAGGAUGCUGCGACGAUCACUCCGAUGCUAGUAGCAUCACCUCCCAGGCCUCGACUUGCUGCGGCAGCGAGGAACACUGUAGUGAGAAAUGCAUCUAUGCCAUUGCUGCCCUCGAGUGCAAGAGGGCCUGUGACGACGAUCCAGGCCAUGAAGGCUCACAGGAUCAGCCCCACGAGCAUGACCAUGGCCUUCACAAAGCAGACACAGCCUGUGGUACCCAUCUCGAAGCUGCUUUCAACCAGUACAGCAGCUACCUCGAACAAAUCCGCUGCAUCUGCCGGAGCGCUAUCGAACAGGGAAUGACAUCCCUCGAAACAUGCUGUAUGAGCACCCGAACGACCCCAAACAAACAAAAGCAUCGAAGCAAACAUGGAAAGAAGAAAGCUGCACCUGUUAUUCCAGCUUUCAAGCCCUCUGGAACAGGAAGCAAGCAGGUCGACGUCGAGAACGCUGCAAACCUCGAGACAGUCGGGUUUCUUGUCAGUGGUAUGGACUGUACCUCUUGUGCAGACAAGUUAUUGCGGAUCUUUGGCAGUAUGACUGGUGUUUCCAACGCUCAAGUCAACUUUGUCAUGGGCAAAGGAGAGUUCGACGUUGAUGCAUGCAUCACCAAUGCUGAAGAGGUCCUCAGCCUUGUAUCUGGGGCAAGUGGCUUCAUGCUUAGCAAGAUCAUCGGUGGGGAUUACUACCUCGAUGUCUUGGCUACGACUGCACAGAGUAAGGAACUUGUCGACAAUCCACCUAUAGGCGUGACGGAUGUGCAGUCGCUUGACAAGAAGACGGUUCGUCUGUCAUAUGAGCCGACUACCAUCGGAGCCCGAGACCUGUUGGAACAUGUCAAAGGCAAGUGCAGUGGUCUGGCUGAACCUCGUGGAGACCCUCAACUCGAAAACAGUCGCCGUCGCCUCUGGGACCAACUCACAAAGACCCUCCUUGCCGCUGCCCUCACCAUCCCCGUCGCAGUAGUUUCAUGGAGUGAGAAUCUAGUCAACAAGAAGACCGAGGGAAUUAUCUCGCUGAUCCUCGGUACACUUGUUCAAUGCAUCGCUAUCCCCGAGUUCUAUCGCCCUGCUAUUUCUGCUGUCUGGUACAGUCGAACAGUCGAGAUGGACAUGCUUGUUGUCAUUAGCAUCACCGCUGCUUACGUCUACUCCGUCGUUGCAUUCAGCUUCGAAAUGGCGGGUAAACCUCUCGAUGAAGGUCAAUUCUUCGAGACUAGCACCAUGCUCAUCACGCUCAUCCUCGUUGGCCGCCUCAUCGCUGCUUUUGCUCGCGUCCAAGCUGUUUCGGCUGUAUCCCUUCGAUCUAAGCAGAACAACAUCGCUGUGCUUGUCGAGAAGGAAGGUGAUCGUGAGAUUGACGCUCGCCUUCUUCAGUACGGAGAUGUGUUCAAGGUUCUGCCUCACUCAAGGGUACCUACUGAUGGUAUCGUCCUCUCUGGGAAGACUGAGGUAGACGAGUCUAUGCUUACGGGGGAGACACUUCCCAUUGUUAAGCAGAAGGGCAGUGACUUGAUUGCUGGUACUGUUAACGGGGAUGGUACCGUCACUGUUCAGCUGACGCGUCUUCCUGGGAAGAACACCGUCACAGACAUUGCCCAGCUUGUAGAAGAGGCUGCCAAGUCGAAGCCAGAGAUCCAAGAUCUCGCUAACAAAGUUGCUGGCUGGUUUGUUCCCGCUAUGGCUACUGUAGCCAUUCUUGUCCUCGUCAUCUGGAUCGCCUGCGGUAUGGAGGUACUCAACUACGACGCCGGGAAGAGUGUUGGCAACGCUAUCACAUACGCAGUAGCUACUCUCGCAGUCGCGUGUCCCUGCGCUCUUGGACUUGCAGUCCCCAUGGUUCUCGUCGUCGCGGGUGGUAUUGCAGCCCGUGGUGGUGUCAUCAUCAAAUCUGCUGAUACCACCGAGGGAGCUCGCAAGAUUACCGAUGUUGUAUUCGACAAAACUGGUACGAUCACUGAGGCUGAGCUUGCUGUGACUGAGCAGGUUAAUCUCAACGGGGACAUGGCAGAUAACCUUUCUUUAGCUAUGGCUCUUGUCUCUGGCGGUAAACAUCCUGUCUCGGCUGCUGUUGAGAAGCAUCUUGAAGGACAGUCCAUCAAGUCCAUGUCAGAGUUAGUCAAUGUCCAAGUCGUUCCUGGCGCUGGAGUUGAGGCAGAUUACCUGGACUCAACUCUCAGAGCCGGAAAUGCUCGAUGGACUGGAGCUGAUAAAUUGGACGAUGUGUCGCGCCUUCAGCAUGGUGGCUUAACUACACUUGUCGUGACUCAUGAUUCUGUUCCUCUUAUCGUCUUCGGACUUUCAGCUCAGAUCCGCCCUGAAGCAGUUCGGGUUAUCUCCGAGCUCAAGUCUCGCAACAUCAACGUUCAUCUUGUUUCUGGAGAUCAGAUCAAGGCUGUUCAAGCCGUUGCAGCAUCCGUUGGUAUUCCAGCUGAGAACGUCGUUGGUGAGCGUACUCCACCUGAGAAGAGAGACUACGUCGCUUCUUUGAUGGACAAGGGCAAGCGCGUCCUCUUUUGUGGCGAUGGCACGAAUGAUGCUAUCGCUGUGGCCCAAGCCAAUGUUGGUGCUCAGAUGGGAGGUGGUUUGACAAGCAGCGACGUUACUCAGGGUGCAGCAGAUGUCGUGCUUCUGAACGGUCUUGAAGGUAUCCCUUUUCUUCUUGAUAUCAGCAAAGUAUCGUUCCAGCGCAUGUACUUCAACUUUGUCUGGUCCGCUGUCUAUAAUAUUCUAGCGAUCACAAUGGCUAGUGGUGCUUGGGUUGAGUUCCGUAUUCCGCCUCGGUAUGCUGGCUUGGGAGAGAUGGUCAGCGUUGUGCCAGUGAUUCUUGCUGCGAACUCUAUGUUCUUCGCACGAUACUUCAAGCUGAAGGAAUGAUUGGGUAUGGAACAGAAAACGAGACAGGGGGCUCAUCGUGCGUGCACUUUUGCCCUAAAAGAGAGUGUGUUGAAAACAUGAGUUAGCUGUCUAUAUAAUUGAUUCGCCGCUUCAAUCGCACUUUGUUCGCCGAAGAGCUGCAUAUUGCCUUCAUCCUGGAACCAAGUCUAACAGCUUAGAGCAUGCAUGGUCUUGG